AUGCCGGCUAUCAUCAGAUUCCGUUGGCAAUUGAAGACCAACCUCACACGGCCUUCAUUACCAGCAUGGGAGUCUAUUGCUACAAGACAAGCAAGUCAGCACGCCGCAGACUUACGAGAGACGUUCCUUACCCUUCGAAAGCACCAAAUGAAACUCAAUCCUGACAAGUGUGUGUUUGGAGUUACCGGAGGAAAGUGCCUCGGCUUCCUGGUAGACGAACGAGGCAUUGAAGCAAAUCCUGAUAAGAUCCGGACUAUACAGAACAUGAGAUCUCCCACCUCAGUAAAAGAAGUACAAAAGCUCACGGGGUGCGUGGCUGCUCUUGGAAGAUUCCUUUCCAAGUCCGCGGAUAAAUCAAUCAAAGCCCAAGCUCUGGCUGACUUCAUUGCUGAAAGCACUCUCCCCUAUCAUCCUGAGCCCAAUCAGGAAUGGAAGUUGUAUGUAGAUGGGUCCUCAACACAAUCAGCAAGUGGGGCUGGACUCCUCAUUGUGUCUUCCGCCGGGGUCCGUAUGGAAAGGGCGGUCAGGUUCGAGUUCGCAGCAUCCAACAACGAGGCCGAAUAUGAAGCAUUGUUGAUGGGACUGAGAAUUUGCUACGAAGCGGGAGCCAAAAAAUUGUCCGCCUUCUCUGACUCCCAAUUGAUUGUUGGACAAGUGAACGGGGAAUUCGAAGCUAAAGAUGAUAGCAUGAAAAUGUACCUACAGCAAGUAAAGGAAUUUGUUCAAAAAUUCGGCAAAUUCACGUUGGAGCAUAUUCCAAGAUCCCAGAAUGCCCAGGCUGAUUCCUUAGCGAAGCUUGCCAGCUCAGCAGAAACAUCCGCGGCUCGAGACAUAAUCUGGGAAGUGCUUCCUAACCCCAGCAUCAACUUCAUGGUCGAUACCAUCGACAGAUCAGAAACAUGGAUGGAGCCAUACAUCGAAUAUUUGCGGAAUCAGACGCUUCCCCAAGAUGAAAGUCAGGCCAAAAUGCUCCGGAAGAAAGCCAGAUGCGGAAGCCCUUAG